AUGUCCAACGAGAACUUCCAUCAAUCAACUUCCGCGGCUGUGCACAUGCCCGACGACGGGAUCUGGAACGAGGGUUUCGAACCGCCGCCUGAAAGCACCACGACGACCUCCUCUUCGCGCCGUCUACCAUGUGGCCUCGGAGGGGCGACGUCUUCCGGCAGUCAGACGGAUGAGGAGAUCAUCGAGGAUUCUAACGGCACUUCUCCCCUGCUCAACCCGGGUACCUCGAGCGAUGUUCGGGUGGACAUGCCCGGAGAGGACAAGCCAGCCAGCCCGCACGAUCGCUUCCCGAAGGAGAAGGGAAAGACAAUUUUUGCGUGCUUCUUGGUGAUCUUCAGCGGCUUCUUGAACACGCUGACGUUGUCGUUCGUCCAUGAAUUGCAAGAUCCGCUGCCAGAUGUGGGAUUCCGACACACCACGUACUAUGCAAUAGGCCUGAAUUAUUGCGAAUACCUGAUGCUGGGCUCAUUCAUCUCGGUGCUGGUGUUGAUCCUCUUCCACCGUCAUCGUUGGAUCGUGCUGCGCCGGCUGUGCUUCAUCGGUUCCAUCCUGUACCUCUGCCGAUGUGUGACGAUGUACGCGACAGUGGUCCCGCUUGCCGACCCCAACUACUACUGCUCCCCGAAAUUGGGCGAAAAUGCGACGUUCUGGCUAAUCAGCCGUCGGGCGCUGGAGGUGAUGGCUGGAAUGGGUCUGAAUUUAUUCGGAAAGCAUUCCCUAUGCGGCGACUACAUUUAUUCCGGCCAUACACUUGUUCUCACCAUCUCGGCGCUCUUCAUCGGAGAAUAUACUCCUCGACGCUGGAAGAUCAUCCACCUGCUGUCGUGGCUGGUGGCUGUGUCUGGAAUGGCGCUUUUGAUCAUAUCUAGGGGACACUACACCAUCGACAUAAUCUUGUCCUAUUGGAUUUGCACUCGCGUCUUCUGGACCUACCACACGUUGGCUGCUCAUCCGACUCUGCGGACAUCGCAACACAGUCAUGCCAGAAAAGAGUGGUGGUUUUUCUUUUUCAAGUUCAUGGAGAGCGGAAUUGUGAAGCCAGUUCCAAGGAGAUACGAUUUGCCGGUUUCGCUGCCCCGUCCGAUUGCGGCCUACCUCCGUCGGCGCAAGGCCAACGUCCAA